UUGUACGAAACAACGUCAUGCAAGUGUGGCCCAAAUUUUAUUAAUUCUUUUCCUUUUUGUCUACAAUGACCUUUGAAACUGAGUCUAGGGAUAAACUACAAGUUGUAUUUCUAAUAGACGAGAACAUAUCAAGACUUUUUGGAGGAAUUUAUUCGGAAGAAGCAUCGAAAUGUGUUCCUUUAUGUGUUUUGAGGGUACUUUCGUACUUGAAUGAUCGCUUCUCGUCGAGGUUUCACUGGGGAUACAAAUUCUACAGUUCUUCUUCWCUYACCCAUCGAUAUGAAAGGCAUAACUUUCAGGAGUUUUGCAUUGAAGAGUUUGAGAAUUUUGAGAAAUGUCUUGGCGAUCGCUUYAAAGAAYCACRGAAAAAUACACAACAACAACAAACGAUGCCAAACGCUUCCAACUGCCUCUCGUGUGCUUUGACUGAAGUUAUACAYGACUUUCAGUGGGARACUAAYGACAUUAAUUCUCCUCUACGAACAACUCGUAGUACUWCACCACUUAAGAAAAGAAAUAUUGUGUUUUUGAUGACAUCAUGCCCAAAAAGUUUUCAAAGUUUAGAAGUGUUUUCAGGAAGAAAGGUGGAACARUUGGAAAGUUUUCAAAAUGCWAUUAUGAUGUCCAGUGCUUURGUUAGGGAGUUUGUUGAUAUUUAUGGUAUUGAUUUGUACUGGAUUGAUGCUGCAUACAAUGAAACGUUUGUGGAAAACACAGUUGUCAGUAUGAUCAAUAAAUUUCUUCAAACUCUAAAUGGAAGAAUCAUCCCAUUACAAGCUCUAGUGACUACUGACAGCUGUCAAUCAACUCAAGAUAAUGGAGAUGGUCCUUUAAUUCCUUUAUUGUCCGUUUUGAAUAACUAUAUUAGAAUUCCAAACACGAUUUCUGAAAAACCGAGAAUGGCAGUGAUUGGUAUGGGGGAGGGCUGUGGUUUUAGUAACUGGACAGGUCUUCUUUGCUCUUCAGGUUCUCCUCCAAUUGCACAUUGUGCUUUACACCUAAAUCCAAUGUUAUCAACAAUGUCAACUACAAGUAACACAAUACCAAAUACAAAUCAAAGAGUGUCACUUUCAAUCAGGAAUUGCAAUGAGUCUGUGACAUGUCACACAAUACAGUUGUCACAAAACAMUUCUGAAAAUACCAAUCAGUCUUCAGUACCCCAAAAUCAAAAUGUGUUUUGGAUCAAGGGGRCAAUAAGGAGAGAGAAAGUAUGUCCAACGUGGUUCCACUUGACAAAAGUCUACUCCUGUGUAGCCAUGAUUGGGAAACAARACCUGAAACAAGAAGAAGAGUCCAAUGAUUCAUGGUCGUCAUUAUCUGGCUGGUUUCAAAGACUGUUGCUAUUAUUGUCCCGGCAGAACUUAUUACUGGUUAUUGAAAUGAAGGACCCAUUGAGCAGRACACCAGUAAUGUCAGUAUUGCAACCUCUKACUUCACUCUGUGGAACUAUCAAUGUUAUCAACACUGAAAGACUWCUUGUGGUAGAGAAGCUUCUUGCUUGGWGCCAGCCACAGCAAGAAUGGCCCAACCAAAAUACAGUUUUAUGCAAUAAYAUUCAUUUACCAGWGAUGYCAAACAGURAAACAAGAGUUCCCYCACAAAGUGAAGUUCAUUCAUCGAUUGUGGAUGGAAAUGUAGAGGAGGAAAGUGCUAAUUCUAAGGUUUUUUCUAUGCAAGAUGUUAAUAGUUGGUCAUUAGACUUAGCAUGUUUACAGGCAGCUCCUGACAUUGUGAGACAACAACACCUUAAAAGCAACAAAGAAGAAUCUAGUAACAACGAAAGCAGUUUAAUCAAGAAGCUAAAAGAACUCUACAAGCAAAAGAAGUCUUACUCAAAUAAGAAGACCCCAAAAAAGCUUAAAAAGCACUUGUCAAAAACAAGUACAGGGAAGAAACUGACCAAGUCUGCCAUUAAAAAACAAAAAGAAAAUCCAAAAUCUCAGAAUAUGGAUGCACAUAUACCCAAGACAUCUWCAACCAGCAYKGYRUCAACAACUGAGAAGCCUGAACAAGAYAAAAUUCAAGAAUUCCUAUCUACUUURGACCUCAAUGAUGAAACAGAGUUGAAGAACUUUUUGAAAGAUCAUUAUAACCAAGCAGUCGCUGAGAUAUCAAUAAAGACUUUGAUAAGAGACGUACUGCUGAUAGAUAAUUUAGCUAUAAGAGACAAAUAUGAAGGACAGACAGACAAAAAAGAAAGCAAACUCAUGGAGUAUCAGGUACAAGUUGUUGUGAUGUUAAGGUCCAUAUCAUUUAUCAAAGACCCAGGAUAUUUGAGGGAUUUACUUCGUGAAGUCAUCAUUGUAAGAUACGUCGAUAAAAUCCCCAAAUUUCUAUGCGAGAUAUACGAGGGGUUGAUGUUGAACCUUCCACCUGAACUUUUGUCUCCUUCCAAGCAAGAGGAGGAUGAAUCCCCCUUGAAACGCUGUCUGGUCUCAGUCGUCAGACCUGAAUCUGAUCAACCAAGGAGUGAAGGGACACGUCCAUUAACAAGACAUCGUAGCAUUGCGGACAUCGGUGGGAAAAGACGAGAAAUCGUCAUACCUGGGAAAGCUAAAGCUAAAAAGACACAUAAAAAAGGCCCGUCUUCAACACAAAUGACGAGAAACUUUCCUGCCAAACCUAAGGUCCAAAAAACUCCAGUGAAAAAAGUCCGUAGAAAUUUAUUCACAGAGGACGGCAAUGAAGAAGCGCAAAGUGAUUUAACAAAAAAGGUCAAGCUAAAGGCACCUUCCAUAUUUGGUAAAGAYGAAAAGAAACAAAARCCAAUCAAACGGCGGCAUUCUGUGGCUGUGCAUGUACCUAAGGUGGUGCAGGAAACACCAUGUCGUAAACAACUAAACAAUGCAUUGUGGCAGAAACAACACCGAGCCCGGAAACGAGCAAGUACAGUAACCGAGGAAUUGAAUGUAGUCCAGGAAUCUCCGUUAAAAGAAAUAAUAGAAGGUGAAAAUCUUCCCCGUCGAAGCCCGCGUAGACAUCCUGGUUCCAUUUUCCAAAGAAGCAAGUCGUUUUACGGUGGAAAGUCAUGCCCAUUGGUUCGUACGAAAUCGUGCAGCUCUGCCAUCCAAUCCCAUUCACCAAUAAAGAAACUUGACUUAGACGAACAAGCAUCAAUUAUCGAAGAGCAUUCUACCCAAGACAACACUGCUCCGUCUUUAACCAGCGUCAAGGACUCCCCUGUUCGCGUUUCACCACGUAGAAGGAGUCGUUUYUCUCUUCACACAUUGUUGGCAUCAACUGAAAUCCCUAACUCUAWGACGUCUAAAGUAUUGACUCCAAAGAAAGAUGCUGAAGUGAGAUCAUCGCCGAGAUUACUUAAAAAACGAUCGUUUUCAUGCAUUGGGUUUUCCAAUUCUGUWCGWCUCGAGCGCUCGGCAUCAAGUGAAAGUGCUCCAGAGAAUCGUUGCAGGGUUGUCACACCAACACGGUCAUCUCCGAGAUUAAAGAAAAUGGAGGAUGCUAGAAUCGAAUACUUUGCACCGAGAAAAAAUGCUGCAGACAAGGUUCUCACACCGGAGAAGACGAUAUUGAAUUCUCCUACACGGUCCUCUCCGAGAUUAAAGAGAAUGGAGGAAGCUAGAAUGGAAUGCUUAGCACCGAGAGACAGUGCUACAGACAGCAAGGUUCUUACACCAAAGAAGACGAUAUUGAACUCUCCUACACGGUCCUCUCCGAGAUUAAGAAAAAAGGAGGAUCGACAACUGGACUGUGCACCAUCCAAUGAAAACGUUUCUGAUAAYCAAAGCAAGACCACGCCCAAAAAGAGGGCGUCUCGAUCCCCAACUCGAUCAUCCCCAAGAAUAAGAAAAACAGGGUUUACAAGGCUAGCGAUUCCUCUACCAAGCGAUAAUAUUUCUGCUAAAGGCGAGAAAGUCACGCCCAGAAAGAAAAUACUACAUUCUUCUACUAGGUCACCGUCGAGGCUGGSAAGGACAGUGGAUUCCUGUUCUAAUGAAAAUACUUUUGGAGAUAUUACCGAGGUGAUUACUCCAGAAAAGAARGUGUUACUCACUACAACUCGGUCUUCCCCGAGGUUCAAGAAAUCCAGGGAAGAYGGUUUCUUAGAAUCAUUUCCUCAAGGGAGCUUAGUGAUUUCAUUACCAAAAGGRCGUAUAGGAGAAUUGUCCUCACCACCACUUCCUUGUGGUACAAGUUCACCCACAAGGCCGGCGUCUACAACCCAACCUCAUUCAAGUCCAACUUUUAAGAAACAAAUCAUGAAACCUUUGGUUUUGUCCGAUGUUUCAAGCAAUGAGGUCGUUCCAUCUGAAGGAGGUAGCCAAUUUGWAGACGAUUUUGAUGCUAUAGAUGGCAAUCACUCCUUAAUCGAGGAAAGACAUCAAAAUACUGAUGGCAAAGAAGUAGAAGGUUCAAAUUUGGAUAUAAGUGGCUCUGAAGAGCUCUCUGUUAAUGCACAAACUAGACAAUUAUCCCACUCUAAAAGCAAAGAGAAAUUGAGAAAUCGUUUGAGGAUAAGGAAUUCGACUGAAGAAUUAGAUGAAACGAGCACAAGCCGAGUGUUACGAUCAAACCAGAAAAAGCGUCGCGCAACGCGCAGUCUGGAUAGCAUCAAGGAUAUACCAUCAUCUUCCGCUGCUAAUUCAGGUCAUAAAAUGUUGCGCUGUCAUUCAGACGGCUACGAUACCAGUAAAUCUGGUGUGACACAUAAACGACUUUCCUCUAGUCCCACGAGAAAGUCGAAACAACAAAACACUCGAUUUACAAMGGAAAAUUGUGAAAUUCAAGACAAAAUUGUCACUAGGGAUGAUAAGUCUCUGGGACCGUCGGCGUCUUGUGCACAAAUCACAAMGAAAACUACAAUGAAACAGUGCAGUUACGUUGUCGAUGGACAAAGGCUUCUUUCAUCGAAGCCCGUCAUUGCAACUCCACCCAGAAAGAAACGAAAAACACGCGCUCAGUCUCGAAACGAGAAUAAAAGAUCAAGUCCAUUGAAUCAAAUCCUCAAACAGCGUAAGAGGACUCGACCAGGAUCGUUCAAAUCCCCGCCCUCUAAAAGACAAAACAUUGAAAGGAGUAGUGACCGACACGAAAUACAGUCUGAACAUAAAGACCCAUUCUUCCCRGCAAACACAGUUGAUGUGGAUGAGUGUUCCCAGUCAUCAGAAGAUAUGGUUAUGAAUUGGUUUUGUAACAUUACAGAAUCAGACAACAACGCCAAACGCGARAAAACUAAUGAAGAAACUCUUGACGAUGGUGUUUUUCAAGACUCGUCGUCUUUUCGGCGAGAAAAAGUAAGAACAUUUAAACCUAUAACCCCCAUUUCCAAGAAAAGUCUUCAAAUCCUGCAAGAAUCUCCGAUUUUGUCACCUAUUAAUCAAUCUCCAUCACCAAGCUCCGGAUUUAUCGAAGAUUGGUCCGACAGUACGCCGAGCGACAUUUGCGCUCACUUGAGCGAGCGACUUAAACGUCGGAAACGUUCGGAAGUACUCGCUCAACAGUCGUCAACUGAUGAAGACACUACCGACAGUACGCCGAGCGAUAUUUGCKCUCACUUGAGAGAGCGACUGAAACGUCGGAAACGUUCGGAAGUACUCGCUCAACAGUCGUCAACUGAUGAAGACCCUACCGAUGUCGAGCCGAAUACAUAUCGUUAUAGCAAAAGAUUAAAGCUUGCUUCAAGCUAAGAACUUUACAAAUGUGUAGAAUUGAAUACAACUAAAUUAUUUGAAUAUUGUAACUCCUUUAAAUAUAAGUUUUAAAUUCGAGUUAUGCAAUGUAAUCUCUUUCAAUUAUUAAUGUAUUGGAAAUAAGAAAUAAUA